CCAUCUACCGCAUAUACUUAAGUAUCCACACUCCCCGUACAUAUUUCCCAACUGUCGUCUUCAGAAUCAUUAAUCGCCUCUUAAAAAAUACCGAGGAUCCACGAGUGUCACUUCCUACCAGUAACGCACAAAAGCCUUUCAGCAACUAAUAUCUACGACUAUCGUCGACAAGAAACACUAGUGUUAAUAUCGUCAACUAUAUAUAUUCAUCUUAACCUAAUACAUAUACAAUGGCCACCGCCAUGUACGCAACGCAGCCUGGUGCUCAGUACGGAUAUCCGCAACCGCCUCCAUCACCUCCAAUGGACGAAACAUCGAAAUGUUCACUACCCUCUAUUUCCAACUUACUAGUAAUGGCCGAUGCUGGAUCACCGACGACCGAGCAGUCUCCGCAGUCUCAACAAGCUCCAUCAGUAAAAGCAGAGACUCGACCAAAUUCGUCUCACUGUGUGGGUAACGGACUUUCUCGAGCUGCUUUACCUCCUACGCCUCCUAUGAGCUCGGAUGCCUCCUUCGAGGGCUACAACUCACCCUCGACGAGAUCAGUUUCCGUAGUAUCAGCACCAAACUAUUAUUACGAGACCACCCCGCCUCUAGAGGAUGUUCAUCGUCAACAAAUGUCGGCUGCCGCGCCUCGUAUGCCCGUCCAGGCUCCAGCAUUCCCACAACCCGCCUUUACCGCGCCAACAUAUCUUGGCCAGGCGCCAAUGCCAUCUUACUAUCCUGCUACCCUUCCUGGAGCCCAACCAGCGCAACCACAGAUCUCAGGGCUUUACUACCAGAGACCACUACCACAGACCUUUCCUCCCUUACCAGUGACAGUUUCUCUAGCACCAGCUCCAGGUGGCAACCCAUGGCAACACCAUCACUACAUCUCUCCAUCUUCAGCGGCUUCUUUCCCCCAGUCGCAGGACCGUUACAUUUGCCAGACUUGCAACAAAGCAUUUUCGAGACCGAGCUCUCUACGGAUCCAUAGCCACUCACAUACAGGCGAGAAGCCCUUCAAGUGCCCACACGCGGGUUGCGGGAAAGCAUUUAGUGUGCGAAGCAACAUGAAGAGACACGAACGGGGAUGCCACGACAACGGCAGUUCGUCCCACCAUCGCUAGGCCGAUAUCGAAUCGAUAAUUCAUUAUUUUUACUGUUUAUUCCUAAUACGACUUAAUCCGGCGCUGCUGUCCUAAAGAGGAGGUCUGCAAAGAGCCGAGAGGGUUACGGAUAUGAAGGA